CCAUAAUCCUGCGCGGCUGCCGCUCCUGCAGCCGCCGCCGACACCAGCGCCGGGAGCUCGAUGGGCUUCUCCUGCGCGCCGCCCUGUGUCUGGCCAAGUCCAGGGAGCCGCGGUGCCUCGUGCCGGGGAGCCAUCUCUGCAGCCCGAGGCCGGGUCCGGGGUCGGGCGCUGCAGAGGGAGGCGGCGGCGGCGGGAGCCCCACCGGGAGCCUGGGACUGGGGAACUGCCUCCGGCUUCACGAUGCCAGUAUGGACAGAAUAGCUUAUGAUGCUUAUCCCCGCCCACCACUUCCGAGACAUUGAGCGGAAGCCAGAAUACCUCCAGCCGGAGAAGUGCAUCCCACCUCCCCAUCCCAGCGCUGUGGGAACCAUGUGGUUUAUCCGCGACGGCUGUGGCAUUGCCUGUGCCAUCGUCACCUGGUUUCUGGUCCUCUAUGCGGAGUUUGUGGUCCUCUUUGUCAUGCUGAUUCCAUCCCGAGACUACGUGUACAGCGUCAUCAACGGAAUUGUGUUCAACCUGCUGGCCUUCUUGGCCCUGGCUUCCCACUGCCGGGCCAUGCUGACGGACCCCGGGGCAGUGCCCAAAGGAAAUGCCACUAAAGAAUUCAUUGAGAGUUUACAGCUGAAGCCGGGGCAGGUGGUGUACAAGUGUCCCAAGUGCUGCAGCAUCAAGCCCGACCGCGCCCACCACUGCAGUGUUUGUAAGCGGUGCAUUCGGAAGAUGGACCACCACUGUCCCUGGGUCAAUAACUGUGUCGGCGAGAACAACCAGAAGUACUUCGUCCUGUUUACAAUGUACAUAGCUCUCAUUUCCUUGCACGCCCUCAUCAUGGUGGGAUUCCACUUCCUGCAUUGCUUUGAAGAAGAUUGGACAAAUCUCCUGCAAGCCUUUGGACUGACCAGGGAAGAAACAGCAGAGGUCCGAAUCUUUCUUCACGAAAAAAAGCAGCCCCUUAAAGUCAGUUCCACAGAGUGCAGCUCCUUCUCGCCGCCCACCACGGUGAUCCUCCUCAUCCUGCUGUGCUUCGAGGGGCUGCUCUUCCUCAUUUUCACGUCAGUGAUGUUCGGGACCCAGGUUCACUCCAUCUGCACGGACGAAACGGGCAUUGAGCGCCUCAAACGAAAGAAUCAGCCCAGGGAACACACUGGCAGCUGGAAGACAGUCAAAGAGGCCUUUGGUGGGGACUUUUCCCUGAACUGGUUCAACCCCUUCUCCGGACCAUGUCAUCCAAAGCCUCUCAGUGACAGGGACUGGGUGCGACAGGUGGCAUCGCUGUCAGACUUGGAGAACACAGAGACAACAGAGGAGCAGUCGGAGGAGAGGAAGGACACGGACUCUGUGGAGGUGACAGAUGAGUGAUGCGGUGGGCGAGGGCCGGGCCCGGCAGAGUGGCUGGGGGGCGACAUGUGCUCCCCCACACCCGCUGCUCCCCUCGCACCAGCCCCUCCCUCCUCCCUCCCCCCCAAUGCUGGCCUGGUCUGGAGUCGGUGGACUGGGGGUGACAGAGUACGAGACACCUGCUCUGAGCUCCUCUGCCCAUGAGGGAUUGUCAGGAACCAUUCUCCCAGGCCGGGGCGCCCUUCACACCUUGCCCAGCCUCCCCCAGCAAAGGAAUCUCUGAACGGGGUUGCCCAGGGGCAGAAAAGAACUUACCUUCUGGCCUUUCUUGAGAUGUCUGUCUUCUCUUGAGAAAGUUGGGGCCCUGGCUCCUGGGUUUUGAGAACUGAGACAGAGCAAGGCCCUGGGAACCAGGGGUGGGACACCGGGAGCAGCAGAGACCGGCCUGCAGAGGCUGCAAGGAUCCCAGGCCCUCCUCAGAAGGGGUUUCCCCACUGCCUGCCUGAACUAGGAGGAAGGCCAGGCUUGGCUUGAGCGAGGACCCCAGCACUAAGCUGUACACACACGUGCGGGGCAUACCCGGGAAUUCCAGACACUAGAAUCCCUGAGUCAGACAGCUGGGAGCCGUCCUGCCUUGUGGCUACAAGUCUGUUCCCAGGGGAAGGUCAGGAGAGGACCUCUUUAGGCACUCCUGGGAUGCUGGCCUCCGCCCUGAGAACUGAAUGUAACUGCCCCUCCUGGGAAGUUUAACCACCAACACAGGCAGAGCUGACCAGAAACGCGGCCUGCGUGUUUUAGGCCAGUUCUCCCAACAUAGUGGCCAUUGCGUCUCUGAAAGGAUAGGUGGUGGCAGGGCCUGCAGACUGAGAGGCAGGCAGACAGCCACACCCCCCCGCAGGACCAGGCUGAGCCAGGACCCUGGUCACCCCCUUUGAAGGCUGAGGUGUCCGAGAUCAGCACUGAUGGCCUGAGCAGGGCUUCUAGGCUCAAACUCCGCCCCACUAGUUGCUGAAGCAGCAUCUUCCACACAAAGUCCAGCAGAGGUUUGUGCCCCACGUGGUAUAAGAAUGGACUCCCCACCCCCGCUCCCCAGCAUGCGUCUUCAUUCUCUCUGGCCUGUUCCCCUGGUGGUGACACCAACAUCGGUGGCAGUGUGGGCAGACAGGCAGAGCCUGCCCACGCGACGUCCCUGAUUCAGGGCCCCUCUCCUGGCUCCAGGCAAGAGUGUGAGUCCUAGUCCAGAGGGGCCUGUAGCCCCAGUUAAACAGGGAGGAGGGGCAGCCCUGCACAGGUACGAAGGCUGUGGUGCCUGGGGGGAAGGAGGGCCAGGUCCUGGUGACGCUGUCAGAGGGCACCCCUGCCUCCAGCCGACGACCCAGGCUCUGGGGCCUCCCCCGCCUGGUCCCAGCGUGCUGAUGUCGUCCCCCAGGAGGGCGGCUGCUGGGCUCCAGCCUUGACAGAGCAACUGGAAGGCACGGGGCCUUCCACACCCGGACAGCAGGCCUCGUUUGUGGGUCCCUGUCAGCUUUAAUAUUUGUUACUGACAAUGUAAGGGCCCUGGGUGGCUCUGAAGCCCAUUAACUCAGUCUGGGCAUGGCCUGGCCAUGGAGGCCGGCUGUGUUGUCCUCACCCAGAAGGCAGCCCUGGGGAGCAGGCCUUAUGGACUGUAUACCAGAGACUCCACAUCAGGGAGGAAAGGAUGCUAAGCCCUUGAGUCCCCAAGGAGGCUGUGGUUAGACUCAGGGAAGAGGGUUUGCUGGUCACUGCGAACCGCAGUCUCUGCUGUGUUCAAGCCUGAGGUCAGAGGUGUGUGCUACCCACAAGGCCCUUGAGAAAUAUCCUUGCAUGAUGGAUUUGAAACUCGUGUUCCUCUGGCCAGCCUGGCCUGAAAAUGGAGGUACCCACCAGCCCCAAAGUCAGUCCUGUUUUCAGAUUGGUGGGUGGGUCCGUCCUCUCUGGACCUCAGCCGGGUCAGACUGCGUCCUGGGAGGGUGGGACCUGGCCCCAGCCAGGCUGGCUGGGGCUAACCUGCCCACCCCUGAGCCUCGUGUCCUGCCAGUGACACAGCUGUGUCACCACGGCCGCUGUGGACAGCAUAACAUUCUGCUCAGCCCCAGACAGCACUGCAACUGAUGUCAGAACAGGACGAGGGCUGCAGGGAGGGAAACUGGGCACAAGCCUCUGCCUCUUUGAAUAAAAAGCUCUCAAUUCUA